CCCCCUUUUCUAUUUUUUCUCUCUCUCCCUAUUAGGGCUCCACUUUUCUGCUUGCAUCCUUCUGCCCGUCAAUCUGCACACUCUCAGACCAGUGAAACCUCCAAUCCUGGUCUUCGAUGGUAGUCGCGUCACCUUGAGCAGGUAUUUUUUUGCUUUGUCUGCACAAAGGAUAGGGCUACGCAUCCAAUCCGUGCGUGUCUCCGCAAUUGGGUGGGGCUUGUUCAUCCAGAAUUUUUAGAAUCUAGGGAUGCGCGAUUUCGUUGUACAGAACCAGCAACUUACCUUCGAUUCUGUUUAUCUCGCUCCUCCUCGAUCGGAUUAGACUAUUCGAGGUAUUUUCUGGUGUUUGCUCGUAUUCAUUGGAUUCUUAGGGAUCCGCAUGAGGGUCAGAUCUUUUGUACCGAUGCCAUCGUUUGCUGGCACUAGAAAUUCCUGGCUCUCAUCUGUCUAGGCUUAGUUCACUUCAUUGUGGUUCAGUUUUGUCCAAUGGAGUCCACUGAGGUCAAAAAGAGGAGUCGAGGAAGACCGAGGAAACGAAGGCGCGAGGAAGAAAGUGAGAAGAAUGAUAAGAAAACUGGUGGUGCGUUGAAGAAGCGGGCUUCUGACAUAUGGUGUAAGCCACUGCUGGGUAGGUUUGUGCUGAAAGAGUUUGAGGGCAAUGGGCUUUUCUUGGGGAAGAUUGUGCAUUAUGAUACGGGAUUGUAUAGAGUUGAGUACGAGGAUGGGGAUUGCGAAGACCUGGACAGUAGUGAACUUCGUAGCAUCAUUUUAGGCGACAAUGACUUUGAUGAUGCACUAGUUGCGAGGAGAGAGAGACUAGAUGAAAUUCUGAUCAAGAAGCAUGAGGCUCGGAAGGAGUUGGAGAAGCAAAUUGCAGAUUCCAAGGAUCAAGUCGCCGUGAUUGAAGCACCUCCAUUGUGCGAGAUGAAUGGUAAGUUGGAAGCUGGGAAUGAUGUUGAACUGGAAAACGAUGCAGAUUCCUCUAGUGACUCAUGUGACUAUGCACAGGAAGGGGAUCUGGGUCUCGAGGAAGAGGUCCCUGUUCUCCCCCCUCCGGAACUGCCACCUUCUUCAGGAAAUCUAGGUGUGCCAGAGGAGUAUGUUUCACAUCUGUUUUCAGUCUAUGCAUUCUUGAGAUCAUUCAAUAUCCAGCUUUUCUUGAGCCCAUUUUCGCUGGACGAUCUGGUGGGGGCAAUUAACUGCCGUGUGCAGAACACAUUGUUGGAUUCCAUUCAUGUUGCUCUGAUGCGUGUGAUAAGACGCCGUAUGGAGAUGCUUGCUACUGAGGGUUUGGAGCUUGCUUCAAAAUGCUUGAUGAGUAUAGACUGGAACUUGCUUGAUUUAUUCACAUGGCCUGUUUUUCUAGUCAAUUACUUAACAGUAAUGGGAUAUGCAAAGGGCUCUGAAUGGCAAGGAUUUCAUGACGAUCUUUUGAAAAAGGAGUAUUAUUUAUUAACUGCUGGUAAGAAAUUGAUGACCUUACAAGUCCUGUGUGAUGAUGUAUUGGACUCUGUGGAGGUAAGAGCAGAAAUUGAUAGUCGUGAAGAAGCAGAAUUUGGAAUAGAUCCCGAUUCGGUUGCAAAUGGUUUCCUGGAAAGUGGACCGAGAAGAGUGCACCCUAGAUUUUCAAAGACUUCAGCUUGCAAGGACACAGGGGUCACAGGAAGCAUCUCAGAAAGCCAUGGAAUUAAGUCCUCCCAGGGUUCAACAUGUGUGGGUUUGCGCUCUCAUGAAAAUAAUUCAAAUGCUCCGAUUUCUAACUCAGAUUGGAAUAGCGACGACUGCAGAUUGUGUGGCAUGGAUGGAACCUUGCUGUGCUGUGAUGGUUGCCCAGCAGCAUACCAUUCAAGAUGUAUAGGUGUUGGUAAAAUGUAUAUACCAGAUGGGCCAUGGUACUGUCCAGAGUGUAUCAUUAAUCGAAUGAGCCCUUCAGUAACUGUGGGAACGUCGCUAAAAGGAGCAGAAGUUUUUGGCAUUGACUUAUACCAGCAGGUCUUUGUGGCCACUUGCGAUCAUUUGUUGGUGCUCAGAGCUUUGGCCGACAAAGAACAUUGUUUUAGAUAUUAUGGUCAGAAAGACAUCCCAAACGUCCUGCGAGCUCUUUGUGCAUCUGAGAAACAUAGAUUGAUGUACUUGGAGAUAUCCAAGUUGAUUGCAAAAUACUGGAAUAUUCCUCAAAUUGCUUUCUGCCCUGCUCAGGUGGUAGAGAAGGAUUUAGAGCCUGCUUUGGUGAAGGAAGAGUUGAAUAUUCCAAGUGCGUCGGCUCCUGCAUGGGAGAUUAGUCAGAGAGUUCCUGAUGUUAUUAAGGCUGAAAAUCAAACUAGUUCAAAUGGAAAGAUUUCGGUCUCAUGUGUUGACACCUUGGGAGAGAUAACCACUCCGGCUGAAAUGCAUUGCAGUUUGAGCAGUAUUAACACCACAAGAACUUCAGACUUGGAUUGGGCAAGCACUAAGCUUCCCGGUCAGUUUAAAGUGGAUGGUACCAUGUCAAGUACGCAAGCUGAUCCAUCAGGUGUGACACACACUACAUGUAACUCGGCAAAUAGUGACAGUAGCCAUGUUGGGCGAGCGAGCGGUACUUCUUUACCUACAAUUAUAUCUUUCGGAGGAAAGGAUGCCAAUCUUAUUAACUCUGGAACGGUGGGCAGAUAUGUGGGUGAAAAUGUUCAAUAUGUGGGGGCUUCUUUUAAACCUAAAGCCUACAUAAAUCAUUACGCUCAUGGUGAUUUUGCGGCUUUGGCAGCUGCUACUCUGGCUGCUCUUUCCCCUGAGGAAACACGGGCUUCAGAUGUACAUAAGUCAAGUGGCACCAAGAAAGCAAGUGCUGAUAUUCUAUUGCAGGCAAAGGCGUUUUCCAAAGUAGCCUCACGCUUCUUCUGGCCAUCUUCUGAAAAGAAGCUUAUGGAGGUUCCAAGGGAGAGGUGUGGUUGGUGUCAUUCCUGUAAGCUUACCACUAAUAGCAAAAGAGGAUGCAUGUUAAAUUCAGCUGGCUUGAUUCUGACUAAGAGCGCCAUGAAGAUCAUUAAUAGCUUGCGCCCAACAAUUAUGGGGGACGGAAGUCUUCCUUCUAUCUCAACCUAUAUCAUGUACGUAGGGGAUGCUUUAUCUGGGCUUACAAUCGGACCUUUCCUAAGUGCAAGUUAUAAAAAGCAGUGGCUUAAGCGAGUUGAAGUUGCUUCAACGUGCAGUGCAAUAAAAGGUCCGCUGUUAGAGCUUGAGGAGAAUAUUCGUCGUAUUGCUCUGUCAGGGGACUGGGUAAAGGCUGUGGAUAAUUGGGUGGUUGGCACUUUUAUUUCUGAAAGUGCUGCAACUGAAAAUCGCAGUGUCCAGAGACGUGGACCAGCGGGGAAGCGUCACAAGAAACAAUCUGCAUUGUCAGACAGGAAAGUUGACGGUUAUGACGAUAAGAGUUUUGUCUGGUGGCGAGGUGGAAAUCUCUUAAAGCAUGUGUUCCAUAAUGCAAUUUUGCCUGGGUCUAUGAUGAAAAAGGUUGCCCGUCAAGGUGGUUCAGGAAAAUUUUCGAGCAUCUGUUACACUGAUGAUUCUGAAAUCCCCAGAAGAAGCAGACAACUUGCUUGGAGAGCUGCUGUUGAGGAGUGUAAGAACUCAUCCCAAUUGGCACUUCAGGUAAGGUAUCUAGAUUUGCAUGUAAGAUGGAAUGACCUUUCCCGGCCUGAGUUGAAUAUUCAGGAUAGUAAAGGUCCAGAGACAGAAGCUUCUGUUUUCAGGAAUGCAGUUAUAUGCGAUAAGCAAGCUGAAGAAAAAAAGAUCACCUAUGGAGUUGCUUUUGGGAAUCAGAAGCAUCUGCCUUCUAGGAUCAUGAAGAAUGUGAUCCGUGUAGAAAAAAAUGAAGAUGGUAAUGACAAGUACUGGUUUUCUGAAGCAAAUGUACCAUUGUAUCUGAUCAAAGAGUAUGAAGGGAAGAGACAAGAAGCUGCUUUACUGCCAGUUAAAAAGCCAAACAGUGCACUGUCUGAGUUGCAAAGACAACAACUGAAAGCUUCUCGUAGGGAUAUAUUUUCAUAUCUUGUGUGUCGGAGAGAUGGCGUAGAAAAGUGUUCAUGUGCUUCGUGUCAACUCGAUGUUCCUCUAAGGGAUACAGUUAUCUGCAGUGCUUGCCACGGUUACUGUCAUAAGGACUGUACUCUACGUUCAACAACUUGCAAAAAUAACGUGCUUGAGCUCUUGCUCAUCUGCAAGCGGUGUUGUAAUGCGAGAACUCCCUACAUCCAGCUCAGCAAUAAGUCUCCAACCACUCCCCUCCCUUCCAGAGGUCCGGAAUAUAAUAACUCAUCGAUGUUCAGCCAGGUCACAAAACUCAAUAUCAAGAUGAGCCAGGUCACAAAACCCAACAUCCAAAGCCAGCACUUGGCGGCUGGUAAAACAAAGGAGAUUAUAAAUUGUCGAAUGAAUGCAGAUGCUGGAGUCAAAAUAAAGGUGCCAGAUGCAGCAGCUGUUAAAAAUGCCAAGGAUGCUGUUCCUCCCAAGACGCAACAAAAAGCUAAUUCUGCUUCAAAAGCAAGUAAAAAUUACAGUUGGGGUAUCAUAUGGAUGAAGAACGGAGAUGACACAGGUGUUGCUUUUAGGCGUAACAAAGUUCUUGUGAAGGGCCAUAGAGAUGGUAGCAGUUUGAGCCCUGAAUGCGUGUUGUGCAGAAAAAUAUAUGACCCUAAUCUCAUGUAUAUUUCCUGUGAAACUUGCGGCAAAUGGCUUCAUGCCGAUGCUGUUGAACUGGAGGAGUCAAAACUUCAUGAAGUUGUCGGUUUCAAGUGUUGUAGAUGCCGCCGAAUAAAAAAUCCACAGUGCCCUUACAAGGAUGAAUAUCCGUCCACUGUGGUUGCUCAGGUCAGCAAAAAGAAGUAUCACAAGAAACUUGCGAAACAAGUAGACCCAGCAGUGGACUCCGACACGAAUUAUUCCUCUCCUGCAACUCCAAUCUUUUUUCCUACCCAGCAGCAACUGGUGCUACCAAAUAACGAUCCUCUUCUCCCAAAUCUGUCGCAAGUGGAGCAAAUUACUCCGGAGCAGAAGCCUGGACUGGUGGAUGGUGAAUGGAGUGCCACUCUACUGGGCCCACAAAAGCUCCAGGUGAGAAGGCAAACAAAGCAGUAUCACGACGGGGAAUCUACUUCCUCUGGUACUGAUUUUCAACCAGAAACAAAUGGUUUCCUCGUGCAUAAUCAUCCUACAGAGACGUAUGUCCCUGGCAUGGACUGGGAUGAUUUGGGGAGUGGUGGCGGUGCCUGUGGUGGUGGUGGUGAAGGGGAGUUGAUAUUGAACGAUGAUGAAGGUGGUUUUAACUUCGAGGACAUGGAGUUUGAGCCCCAAACCUAUUUCUCUUUCACCGAGUUACUAGAACAGGACGAGGCUGCUGCUGCUGCUGAUGUCGAUGUAGGUCAUCAUCAGGCUGCUGCUGAGGUUGAUGUUGGUCAUCAUCAGGCUGCUGCUGAAGUUGAUGUAGGUCAUCAUCAGGCUGCUGCUGCUGCUGCUGCUGCUGCUUACCCCUGGGAUGAUACAGAUCCCGCAAUGGAGUAUGAAAAUCCUUGUUUUAGUACAACUAUUCCUCCAUGCCAGUUCUGUUCACUGGCAGAGCCCGUCUCGGAUCUAUCUUGUGAGAUCUGUGGCACGACGAUGCACAGUAGUUGCGCGUUUGUGGCUGAGCUUCCGCCUGAUGAAGAAGGUAAGUGGAGGUGUGGGAAUUGCCGAGAAUGGCGAUAGGGCCACGGCACAGUGUUCUUACGAGGGUUUGUUUUCCUUAAAUCAUAUUUUUCUCUCUCGCGGAUGGUGGGUGUAUAUAGCGGGCGGGGGGAGAUAACAGAAUCUACCAGAGAUGAAAUUGGGAUCUACCUUCCAAUCAAAUUUUUUACUUUCUUUGAAAUUUUUUGGAAAGGCUGGAGGUGGAGGGUUGUCGGAGACGGGGGGAAGAGUCUUUAGUGGUGGCUCUAAUGGUGGAAGGUUGCUCUUUGUUGCAAGAUAAGCAGCCGUGUACUUUUUCCUUUUGGCAUUGUUGUGCUUAUCUGACUGAAGUGAUAAAAUACAUAUAUGUUAAUUUCAAGCAGCGAAAGAGGGUUAGUCUAGUACAGAUCCCAUAUCCGAUUCCACUAUUGCUGUUGUUUGUAGGAUUGUGUAAUGGUACGGAUCAAAUUUACAAGAAUCGCGGUUUAAUAGUGAGAUAUUUUAUGAUCAA